AUUGCUAGUGCCAGUAGUAAGUAGUGCAGUGCAGGUGGUGCAGGUGCAGACUAUUAUUCAAUUUCUCAGUCCUUUCUUCAGAGAACUGCACCGUUCAUUUUCACACAAUAAUCUCAAAAUAUGAAACAUGCUUAUUUUGUUGCCAGAACUGUUCUAGUUCGCAAUGGAAAUGUGGAUGAAGCCGUUAGUCUUCUUAACAGAGUCUUGGGUCGAGAAGGAAUAUUUGAUCAGUGGAGACAUACGAGAUACUUUGAAAAACCGUGUCAGACUCGUCGACGAGUGAACUACAUGAGGUGUAAGUCAAUAUACAAUGAAGACAUGGAUAGAAAGAUCAAAUUUGUCAUGCGCAAAAACCGAGUGGAACCUUUUGUUGGAUGUUAUUAAAAAAGAAUCUUGUUUGUAAUCUUUGUAGAUAUUGUUUAGUUUUAUAAUUUACAAAUAAAAAUAAAUACUAAAAGCUUU